GAUGGUAAUCAAGAUGUGCGAUUCGGAGGUAUCGACCGUCCGGAGCAAACCGAAAUUCGAAAAAUGGGUAACCAAAAAUAUGCUGUUGAUACUGACUUUGAUGGGGGUGUUAUUCGGCGGAGCGAUUGGGUUUUCCUUGAGACCUCUGAGGCUAUCCCAAACGGCCGUAAUUCUGAUAUCUUAUCCAGGCGAAUUGUACAUGAGGAUACUGAAAUUGGUGAUACUGCCGUUGAUAAUGUCCAGUUUGAUAACGGGUUGUUCGAGCCUCGAUGCUAAAUUAAACGGGAAAAUAGCUCUACGAACGCUGAUUUAUUUCAUAUCCACGUCCAUGUUCAACGCCUUGUUAGGCGUCGUACUAGGCGUUACCUUGCAUCCAGGCGAUCCAGGUUUAGGCGUUUCAUCCAUAGCCGAAGGCAACGAAAGGAAAACCAGUUCUGUACUGGACAGCAUAUUAGACAUGGGAAGAAAUAUCGCAGCUGAUAACAUUUUCCAAGCCACCUUCCAACAAGUUUACACUGAUAACGUCAAUGUUACCAACGUACUCAACAAAAACGGAACCAAACAAAUCGUCAGUAAAAUGGAGAAGAUACUGAAAUACAGGUUAGGUACCAACAAUUUGGGCAUAGUGUUCUUCUGCAUCGCCUUCGGCACCAUCUUGGGUACCACCGGACCGACGGGGAAACCGAUCAAGGAAUUCUUCUCGCUGGUAUUCGACGUGAUCAUGAAAAUGGUGAAAGGCAUAUUGUGGAUCACGCCGGUGGGUUUGUGCAGCAUCAUAGCCGGAAAAAUCAUGACGGUGGCGGACAUUUGGCUGAUCAUGUCCCAAUUGGCUUGGCUGAUAAUCACAGUGGUGUUGGGAGUUUUCAUUUACCAGUUUAUUAUAUUGCAAUUGGUGUAUUUCUUGAUCGUUCGAAAGAACCCGUUCAGGUAUUAUUUGGGAGUGUUGCAGGGGACAUUAACGGCUUUCGCGGCCGCCUCGACAGCGGUCGCCCUGCCUAUAAACAUGGAUUUAAUGGAUAACGAACUCGAAAUUGAUCCGAGAAUAACCAGAUUCGUCAUGCCCGUCGGAUGCAACACGAAUUUGGACGGUACGGCGAUGUUCCUGGCCAUAUCGACCAUAUUUAUAGCGCAAAUGGGCGGUUACGAGCUCGGUACCGGAACUUUAAUCACAAUUUGGUUUACAUCGACGAUAAUGUCUUUCGCUGUGACCAGCGUGCCAAGUUCGGCUUUGGUGAUAUUAUUCAUGAUAUUAUCUUCGAUUGGGCUGCCUAACCAUAAUGUACCGCUUUUAUUUGCCAUCGAUUGGUUUGUGGACCGAUUUCGGACGACCAAUAACAUGCUGGGCGAUUGUUAUGCAGCGGCGAUAAUCGAUAAACUAUCGAAAAAGGAAUUAGAAGAAUGCGAUCAAGAGAGCGAUUUGAAUUACAAACAUCAGAAAAAAACGAUUUCCGAAAUUGUUUAAAAGUAAUCGACAUACUAAUUUUCAUCGAUGAGAAGUGUUCUUCGACUAUUUACGACCGAAAAAAAGCUGAAUAAAUAUUUAAAUUAGAGACUGCCUACGCCGAAUGGAUCAGAAUGUAAAAAAA